UGCACAAGGGCAAUUAAUCACAUUCAACAACUAGCUAGCUCUGAUUAAUGGAACAGAAAAGAUUUUCUGUUGUGCUUGUAUACAGAGAGUUCAAGCCACACCUGCUUAUGGUCUUAGCCCAGGUGGGCUAUACCCUCUUAUAUUUCAUCACUGAAACCUCCUUCAAUCAUGGGAUGAAUCCUUAUGUGUAUGUAACCUAUCGCCAUGUUGUGGCUGGGGUUGUGAUGUUCCCUUUUGCAUACUUUCUGGAGAGGAAAGCAAGACCAAAGCUGACAUUUGCUCUUUUCAUGGAAAUAUUUUUGCUUUCUCUGUUAGGGAUUACUUUGACUGUUAAUACGUACUUUGCAAGCCUGCAAUACACAAGUUCAACCUUUGUUGCUUCCAUGGUCAACACCAUAGCUUGCAUGACCUUCCUUAUUGCAGUGGCUCUCAAGCUUGAGGCUCUUGAUCUUCGAAAUCCUCGUGGGAUAGCGAAGGUUCUAGGGACCUUGAUCUCCUUAGCUGGUGUACUGAUCAUGACGCUAUACAAAGGACCCGUUGUGAGAAAUUUAUGGCAUCCUCUAAUCCAUAUUCCACGGAAAAAUGCUGCUAUCACUGAAAACUGGUUAAAGGGUUCACUUCUUACAGUUUCAAGCUGUGUUACAUGGUCUCUAUGGUUUAUUAUGCAGGCAAUCACAUUGAAAAGAUAUCCUGCUCAACUAUCACUCACUACGUGGAUGUGUUUGGUUGGAGCAACACAAUCAGCUGUUUUCACAGUUAUAGCAGAACACAACCGUUCAGCAUGGACUAUAGGGUUCAACAUUGACUUGUGGUCCACACUAUAUGGUGGAGUUGUCGUUGCUGGUUUGCUAACUUACGUUCAACUAUGGUGCACUGAGAAAAAAGGGCCCGUUUUUGUCACCAUGUUUAGCCCUCUUUCUACGAUAUUAGUGGCAAUUCUCGCCUACUUUGUCCUUGGAGAGAAACUUUAUCUGGGCAGCAUCAUAGGUACAUCGAUUGUCAUCAUGGGUCUGUACUUGCUGUUGUGGGGCAAAGAAGGUGAUCAAGAGGUUUGUAUCAAGACCGAAGAUAAAUUGCAGUGUUGUACUGAAGACCCAGAAUGCGAAAUAUAGUCAAUAACUUUAGCUGGAAAGGAAGAAGUUCAUGUCCAAAGUGGCAAGAGAACACAGCAUAUAGGUGAUCAUGAAGAUUUGUAGUUAUGUUUUGGCCAAACAUUUUUGUGGAAAAUCACUUGAACAUUUAUUCAUUUCCAAUCCUCUGAAGUCAGACAUC